AGUGUGAGGACACAGAUGGGGUCAACAGGAGCAGACUGGAGAGGAGGGGGGACUGGGCUGAGCACAGUGGGGCUGCAGGGAUAUAAAUAUGAGCCGGGGAGUGUCCAGGUGUCUUCUGAUCAUUCACCUGACACGAUGAGACUGCUGGCUCUGCUGCUGAUGGUGGGAGCUGCUGCGGCAGUUCCUCGCGAAGAUGGCAAGAUCAUUGGCGGACAGGAGUGUGAACCCCACUCACGUCCCUACAUGGCCUCCCUUAACUAUGGUUACCACUUCUGUGGUGGGGUGCUCAUCAACGAACAGUGGGUGCUCUCUGUUGCCCACUGCUGGUACAAUCCCUACGCCAUGCAGAUCAUGCUGGGAGAUCAUGACCUGCGAACCUCUGAGGGCACAGAGCAGCUCAUGAAGACUGACACCAUCAUCUGGCAUCCUAGUUAUGACUACCAGACUCUGGACUACGACAUGAUGCUGAUCAAGCUCUUCCACCCAGUGAAAGUGACCGAUGCAGUCGCACCCAUUUCACUGCCCACUGGAUGCCCCAUGGGGGGACUCCCCUGCUCCGUGUCUGGCUGGGGAAACACAGCCACUGGGGAAGAUGUGAACAUGCCCACCCAUCUGCAGUGUUUGGAUGUGCCCGUGGUGGAUGAUGAGGACUGUGAGAACGCCUAUCCUAAUAUGAUCACGCGCAGGAUGUUCUGUGCUGGAUACAUGGAAGGAGGCAGAGACGCAUGCAAUGGGGACUCUGGCAGCCCUCUGGUGUGUAUUGGAGAGGUCCACGGCCUGGUGUCCUGGGGUCAGGGAUGUGCUCUGCCUAACUACCCUGGAGUCUAUGUCAAAGUGUGUGAGUUCUUGUACUGGAUUGAAGACGUCCUGGAAGCCAACUCCUAAAGAAAUGCCCCAAUGCUCGGUUGAUUAUUUCCUCUCUAUCCUCCACCACUAAUUCUCUUUAAGGGUCCUGACUUUCAUUUUGUGUCUCUCUCUCUCUCUCUGGUGUCUCCUGUGAAGUGUUUUUAACACACAUGUACCAGAAUGAUAAAAACAAAAUAAACAUGCUUGGUAGACAUUCACUUUUCAUUUGUUUGUGCACAUUUUCCCCAAAAGAAGAAAUUAAACUACACAGAGGCUUGA